GGGAAUCUGACUAUAACAUCUGGUGCUGCUGGAACUCCACUCUUUUACAUUCAUCGUAGUCGCUUGUGGCGAUAUGUAAAUGAGACGAGUAUUCACGCCGUAAAUGUUGUCAACGGCACCGAAGAUGCACCUGGGACAAACCAAAUCCCACUCCAGAUGAUGCUGGAUGAGCAACCAGGCGGAAUUAAUGGAGGGGUUUGGAAGUGGCAAGGGACGAUGUUGAUAUAUCAGCUAGGUAGUCAGAAUAACUCAGGGGUAUACUACGACUGCAUGCUACCUAAGGGAGGCAGAGGCCUAUUAACUUUCCUUCAAGGAGUCCCGACGCCUCGAGGAUGUAGUCUGUUGACACUACAUGGCUUCGAACACGAUGUGUAG